GGCAGGUCGGGAGCUGAGCGGGCCACUGACAGAUGCGACACUUACCGCGACGUGACGGCGCAGCGGCUCCACGGCGGGCCACGAACCCGCGAGCCUCGGACCGGCGCUUGCAGAAAAGUGCACUCGACACCGUUACCUACGAGACGCCAGUUGCGUCUGUAAUGCGGGAAACCGCAUUCCCACACGCCGACAAGCCGCGCGGAGUGGUCGCGCGGUUAGAGGCGCCAUGUCACGGAUUGUACGACCCCUCCCGCCGGAGGUUCGAGUCCUCCCUCGGGCAUGGGCGAGGCAAUUCUCCCAACUCCUUGGGCGACGCUGCGGUUCCUGCUGAGGCCAACAGAUGGCUCCAGCUGCUUGAAAGCUCCCCGCGGCCGGCUAAGAAAACGGUUGCGAGGCAACGCUGGCUGGCGACGCCGAGUCUCUGCCGCUGUAGGGUUUCCAGAUACAUCACCGGCUCUCAAAGACAGAAUCUGACAGCGACUAUUCAGUGAAUAAAACACACAGUUCUUUUAAUUGCCCAUUUCUCAUUCGAAUGGAGAGCAAGACAGUUCCUCUUCGCCCUUAUAAGCCUGUUACAAUAAUAAUAAAAAAGAA